ACACAGUGUGGUCAUGUUCCAUGUGUAUCAUCAUUUCGUAUCUUUCCUUUGCACUUACAUACAUACAGCAACCGUACAAAAGCCGGCAGCCCUAGCAUGUCCCAUUUCCCGGCCUCUCGUCCUUCCUCACCAUCAUGUCAGUUUACGCUGACCGUUCCAGCAGCACUGGCUCAGUCGAGAAGAUCGACGCUGAGAAGGCAGCCCUUGCAGUCGACGCUCUACCUCUUGCUGAUUUUGAUGACCCGAAUAUCAACAAGGAAGAAGCUAUAACUGGCGUGCUAGAGGAUGACUCCCCUUAUCCUGAAGUCCGAUCGGCCGUAUCCAACACUGACGACAUGUCCAUACCCACCAGCACUCUCCGCGCAUGGGCUAUGGGCUUUUUCUGGGUGCUCAUCAUCCCCGGUUUGAAUCAGUUCUACUUUUUCCGAUAUCCCUCCGUCAACAUCACCGGCAUUGUCGCCCAAUUGCUCUCGUUCCCUAUGGGUCGUCUUUGGGCAGCUGUCGUGCCCAAUAUCUCGAUUUUCGGGGUCCGUUUAAACCCCGGACCAUUCUCCAUCAAGGAGCAUGUUUUAGUUACGAUCAUGGCUACUGUCGGAUAUCAAUCUGCAUAUGCGACCGACAUCAUCGCGGUGCAGAGAGUGUUUUACGGUCAAACUUUCAACUUCAGCUAUCAAUGGAUGUUGGUCAUGUCUACCCAGCUCAUUGGCUUCUCGCUGGGUGGCAUUAUGCGUCGCUUCUUAGUUCUUCCUCCCUCCAUGAUUUGGCCCACAAACUUGGUCACGUGCGCCCUAUUUAACACACUUCAUGCCCAAUCAUAUGCUGGUAUUGGCAAGCGUGGUGGUGUUUCACGAGAGCGUUUCUUCCUUUAUGUCUUUUCCGCGGGAUGUGCAUGGUACUUCGUCCCAGGUUAUUUGUUCCAAGCCCUCAGCUACUUCACCUGGGUGUGCUGGAUCGCUCCAAAUAACGUCGUCGUUAACCAACUCUUCGGCUACCAAAGCGGCCUUGGCAUGAGCUUGAUCACCUUUGACUGGGCACAAAUUACUUACGUCGUCAACCCACUCGCGACCCCAUGGUGGAGUGAGGCAAACGUUCUCGCUGGCUUCGUGUUCUUUUUCUGGAUCCUCACUCCGAUCCUUUACUACACUAAUACCUGGUAUGCUAAAUUCCUGCCCAUCAUGUCUCGCACAUCAUACGAUAAUACGGGUGCUGCCUACAACGUCUCCGCAAUUCUUGGCACCGAUGGCACGCUAAAUAUUACUGCAUACGAAGCAUACAGCCCUCUGUUCCUCUCGACGACUUUCGCAGUGUCUUAUGGUCUAUCAUUUGCAUCGAUCGCCGCUACCAUCAUGCACGCCAUCCUCUUCUUCCGCAAGCAGAUCUGGGCCCAGUCACGACGCUCGAUCGACGAACAGCCGGACAUCCAUGCACGUCUCAUGUCCAGGUAUCGCCAGGUUCCAGAAUGGUGGUACCUUAUCAUCUUCGUGGUCAUGUUCGUCUUCGGUAUCAUUGUCAUCGAAGUCUGGCCUACCCAGUUCCCGGUGUGGGGCUUCGUUCUCGCACUUUUGAUUUCUUUCUUCUACAUCAUUCCCAUCGGCAUGAUUCAAGCUAUCACGAAUCAACAAGUCGGUUUGAAUGUUAUCACGGAGUUGGUUGUUGGCUACGCCAUCCCUGGACGCCCAUUGGCAAUGAUGCUUUUCAAGACAUGGGGUUACAUCACCAUGGCACAAGCGUUGCAGUUCGCCCAGGACUUCAAGCUCGGUCACUACAUGAAAAUUCCUCCCCGCACAAUGUUCUUUGCACAAGUCAGUGCGGCUGCCGUGGCCGGAACCGUGCAGCUCGGUGUACAAGCUUGGAUGUUUACCAAUAUCGUGGACAUAUGUAGCAAGCAUCAAGCGGAUGGUUUCAUUUGCCCGAAUACUGAAGUGUUCGGCACUGCAUCGAUCAUCUGGGGUGUCAUUGGUCCUCAGCGUCAGUUCUCCCCUGGCCAGAUGUACAGCGGCCUUCUGUGGUUCUUCCUCAUUGGCGCACUUUGCCCCCUCGGUGCUUGGAUCAUCUCCCUCAAGUACCCGAAUAGCAUCAUUCGUUACAUCAAUUUCCCCGUAAUCUUCACCGGAACGUCCUACAUGCCACCAGCAACCGCCGUCAACUACGUACCAUGGGCAAUCGUCGGCUUCAUCUUCCAGUACGUCAUCCGUCGCCGUCAUUUCUCCUGGUGGACAAAGUACAACUAUGUCCUAGCUGCCGGACUCGACUCCGGCCUCGCAAUAUCCAUCGUCCUGAUCUUCUUCUGCCUGCAAUUCCCGCAGAACGGCACAAUCGGCGCAAAUACCGUCGCAAAAUGGUGGGGCAACACUGUGUUCUUGAACACGGCCGAUGCGAACGCGCUGUCGUACUAUACUAUCAAUGGCACCUUUGGGCCGUCAUCUUGGGUUUAGGAAAAUAUACAUAUCUAUAUAUAUUGUGGGGGUUGUAUAUAGGAUAAUGAGUUUACGAAUAUCAAUGUAUAUUUUUACGUUUAUGGUGGUGGUGGAUCGGCGUUCGAUUUGCCCGUCCGUACGGGC